UCAUUUUUGUUGAUUUGGAAUGAUUUCGCAGGAAUCACGUGUAAAAAACACGCACAACCGAUUCCACCCAUAAUCUCACCCCAUCCCUCGGAUUUGCUCGGAUUUCAAACAUAAAAAAACCCUGCCUGUUUCCUACGCCCUCCCUGCUCGGAUCUUCUCCAAUUCUGUAGCUCCUCAUCCAAGGUAGAUUUCGUCUUCGCUUCUUCUUCCAGAUUAUGAGCGAGCAAAGACUGUCCAGAUCCCUCUGUUCAUCGCUAGCUACCUCAAAUACGAACGAGCCAACCCCUGUCCAGAAUCUCUAGAAUGUUUUCAGUUUGCCCAACUGCCACAAAUUUUGGCUGCUAGGUAUAAAUAUGUAUCAAGUUGACAUCAAACGUGAAGAAGAUGACACAAAACACCCACCUCUACUCGCAACAACUGCGUGUGAGGGUUCAACCAAUGUAGGGGGGCAUGAAGGCCAAGGUGCUACAAAGAAGCAACUACAUUCAAAGGUUAGUUUGGUAAACAUUUCCCGAGAUCUGCUGUUGGCGUACCAGAGUCUUGGGGUGGUGUUUGGGGAUUUGAGCACGUCACCUCUUUAUGUCUAUCAAAGUAUAUUUGUGGACAAGUUGCGGAAGCAUCAAACUCCAGAUGCAAUAUUUGGCGCCUUCUCAUUGAUCUUUUGGACACUUACGCUGAUGCCUUUGCUCAAAUAUGUAGUCGUCGUGCUUAGUGCAGAUGACAAUGGUGAAGGUGGGAGCUUUGCUCUAUACUCUCUGCUCUGUAGACAUGCAAAACUUAAUCUACUUCCCAAUCAACAAGCUGCUGAUGAGGAGCUAUCUACUUACAAAUAUGGCUCCACUAGGCUUUCUGCGUCAUCUUUACCAUUGAAGCGGUUUAUAGAGAGGCAUAAAAAGGCACGGACGGUUUUAUUCCUUGUUGUAUUGCUAGGGGCUAGCAUGGUCAUUGGUGAUGGUGUGCUCACUCCUGCAAUAUCAGUUUUAUCAUCAGUUUGUGGGAUUCAAGAUGCUGCUGAAAGCUUGCCUAAUGGUGCUGUCCUACUCAUUACUUGCGUUAUAUUGGUUGGUCUAUUUGCUCUUCAGCAUGUUGGUACCCACAGAGUAGCUUUCUUGUUUGCACCAAUAGUAACAAUCUGGUUAAUUUCAAUUUUUUCCCUUGGGUUGUACAAUACAAUAGUCUGGAAUCCAAAAAUUGUCUCCGCUCUUUCUCCGUAUUAUGUCAUCAAGUUUUUUCGGGAUACCGGAAAAGAUGGAUGGAUUUCUCUUGGAGGAGUGCUUCUAUCUGUAACAGGGACUGAAGCAAUGUUUGCAAAUCUUGGCCAUUUCAAUUCUUUCUCAACGAGGCUUGCAUUUGUAUUUGGUGUGUAUCCUUGUUUAGUGGUACAAUACAUGGGGCAGGCUGCUUUUCUGUCGAAAAACAUUGCUUCAGUACCAAAUAGUUUUUACGAUUCAGUUCCUGAUGGUGCACACUGGCCAGUUUUUGUUAUUGCCACCCUUGUAGCUAUUGUUGCCAGUCAGUCAAUUAUCACUGCUACGUUCUCUAUCAUCAAGCAAUGUAAUGCACUUGGAUGCUUCCCAAGAGUCAAGAUUGUUCACACGUCAAAGCAUAUCUACGGCCAGAUUUAUAUACCCGAAAUAAAUUGGAUAUUAAUGAUUCUCACUCUGUUAGUGGCCAUUGGUUUCCAGGAUGUAACUUUAAUUGGAAAUGCAUAUGGACUAGCAUGCAUGACAGUAAUGUUCAUCACGACGUUUCUGAUGUCACUCAUCAUCGUGUUUGUCUGGGGAAGAAAUCCCAUAUAUGCCGCCGCCUUCCUCCUCUUCUUUUGUUUCAUUGAACUCGUCUACCUUUCAGCAUCAGUCAUUAAAAUCCCUCAGGGUGGAUGGGUAUCUCUCGUCCUCUCCCUAGUAUUCUUGUUUGUCAUGUUCGUCUGGCACUAUGGGACCCGCAAGAAGUACACAUUCGAUCUCCACAACAAAGUCCCACUGAAAUGGCUGCUCGGUCUAGGACCCACACUCGGCAUCGUCCGAGUCCCAGGGAUUGGCCUCGUUUACUCAGAACUAGCAACAGGAGUCCCCUCCAUAUUCUCCCACUUCGUGACUAACCUUCCUGCCUUUCACAGUGUACUCGUUUUUGUGUGUGUGAAGUAUGUCCCCAUCCCUUACGUUUCAUCCGAGGAACGGUUCCUUAUUGGACGGGUCUGCCCGAGACCAUACCGUAUGUACCGGUGCAUCAUUAGGUACGGGUACAAGGACACACAGAGAAACGAUGGAGACUUUGAGAAUCAGCUUAUACACAGCAUAGCAGCUUUCAUUCAGAUGGAGUCCAUCGAACCUCAGGUAUCAAGCUCUGAGAGUUCUUCUUUUGAUGGGAGGAUGGCAGUUAUAAGCAGCACUCAGUCUGGCGGCUCAGCAUUGAUGGUUGUACGUGAUGACAAAGAAAAUCUGCAAAUCAGCAGCAGCAGCAAAUCAGCAACCCUUCAGAGCCUGAGGUCUGCUUACGAUGACGAGAACUUGCUAGUUAGGAGACGGCGGGUGAGGUUUGAGUUGGUUGAUGGGCCCACAAUGGAUGUGGCGGUUAAAGAGGAGCUUAGGGAGUUGAUUAAGGCAAAGGAAGCAGGGGUGGCGUACAUAUUGGGACACUCUUACGUGAAGGCGAGGAGGUCGUCGCCGUUUUUGAAGAAGUAUGUGAUUGAUAUUGCGUAUUCAUUUCUGAGAAAGAAUUGCAGGGGGCCGUCAGUGGCACUUAAUAUUCCCCACAUUAGCCAAAUUGAAGUUGGGAUGAUUUAUUAUGUGUAAUCAGAGGAGAAUGCAUGCUUUCUUAGGUGCAUUUCUGUCUACUACACACUACUCAUGAAAGAUUGUUGUGUAUGUAUUAUUUGCUUUGCAGCCAUGCAUCCUUGCCUUCUUUGAUGAGACUUGUGUGAGCUUUCAUUCCACCUCUUUUGUGUAUAGGGAUAUUUUUAUCUGUAGCUUCGGUGACUGCAAGUCACUUGGUAAGUUUCAAUACCAAACAAGCUUCUCUUUUUGUAUGAAGUAAAUAAAAUGUCAUUAUCCUUGGUUCUUUAUUUGUAUUGCACUUCAAGGGCUUUGAAUUUGUUUCUGGUUGUGAUGCAUCAUGCAAGGAAGCUGUUAUAAAAAUUUCAAGAAACAUUGAAAAAUCUCAG